ACCAAAGUCACACAGCUGGUUCAACAGUAGCUUCUUCACAGACUCAGCCCUUUCCCAAAAGAAGGAGGACGAAAUGACCAAGUUCAAGGAGGCGGUGACAUUCAAGGACGUGGCUGUGGUCUUCACAGAGGAGGAACUGGGGCUGCUGGACCCGUCCCAGAGGAAGCUGUACCGAGACGUGAUGCUGGAGAACUUCCGGAACCUGGUCUCAGUGGAGCAUCAGUCCUUCCCAGCGGAUGUAAUCCCCCAGUUAGAGAGAGAAGGAAAGGUUUGGCCAGUAAGGACAGCAUCCCACCGCCGAAGCUCCGCAGGAGACGAGAAUCUAAAUAACAUGGAAAUUAUUCAGGAAGUUGGAUUAAGGUACCUGCCACUUGAAGAGUUUUUCUACUCACAAAUCUGGCAACAGGUUACCAAGGAUUUAACGAGAUGUCAAGAUGCCAUAGUAAAUAUUGAAGGAACUGGCUCUCAGUUGGACAAAGAAGGUGAUGCACUUUAUAAAUAUGAGGAAAUUGGUAAAGGCUCUAAUCAGAGUUCACAUCUUCAGGUUCACCACACAGUCCACACUGAAGAAAGAUCCUACAAAGGCGAGGAAUGUGAGAAAGGUUUUAUUCACGACCCUUGUCAUCAAAUUAAUAAGACAUCCCAUGCAGGAGAGAAGCCCUAUAAAUGUGAAAAGUGUGAAAAUGCCUUCCGUCGGUUUUCAAGUCUUCAAGCCCAUCAGAGAAUCCACAGUAGAGAGAAAUUGUACAAAUGUGAUACAUCAUCUAAGAAUUUUAGUCAGAAGUUAUGUCUUCAUCAUCAUCAUCACAGAGUUCCUAUAGGAGAAAAUCUACACAGAUUUGAGGAGUAUGGGAGAAAUGUUGGGAAAAGUUCACAUUGUCAAACUUCUCUGAUAACCCACAUGUUAGAAAAACCCUAUAAAUGUGAAGAGUGCGGGGUGGGCUUCAGUCAGAGCUCAUAUCUUCAAGUCCAUCAGAAAGUUCAUAUGGGAAAGAAACCUUAUAAAUGUGAAGAGUGUGGGAAGGGCUUCAGUUGGCGUUCACGACUACAGGCUCAUCAGCGAAUCCAUACUGGCGAGAAACCGUACAAAUGUGAUGCAUGUGGCAAGGGCUUUAGUUAUAGCUCACACCUUAACAUUCAUUGUAGAAUCCACACGGGAGAGAAACCCUAUAAAUGUGAGGAGUGUGGGAAAGGCUUCAGUGUGGGUUCACACCUUCAAGCCCAUCAAAUAAGCCACACUGGAGAGAAACCAUACAAGUGUGAGGAGUGUGGGAAGGGCUUCUGUCGGGCCUCAAAUCUUCUAGACCAUCAGAGAGGCCAUACUGGGGAGAAACCCUAUCAGUGUGAUGCAUGUGGGAAAGGCUUCAGUCGCAGCUCAGAUUUUAACAUUCAUUUUAGAGUCCACACAGGAGAGAAACCCUAUAAAUGUGAGGAGUGUGGGAAGGGUUUCAGUCAGGCUUCAAAUCUUCUGGCUCAUCAGAGAGGCCACACUGGAGAAAAACCAUACAAAUGUGGUACAUGUGGGAAGGGCUUCAGUCGAAGUUCAGACCUGAAUGUUCAUUGUAGAAUCCACACAGGAGAGAAACCCUAUAAGUGUGAGAAGUGUGGGAAGGCCUUCAGUCAGUUCUCAAGUCUUCAAGUGCAUCAAAGAGUCCACACGGGAGAGAAACCAUAUCAGUGUGCAGAGUGUGGGAAGGGCUUCAGUGUGGGUUCACAGCUUCAGGCCCAUCAGAGGUGCCAUACUGGAGAGAAACCAUACCAGUGUGAAGAAUGUGGGAAGGGCUUCUGUCGGGCCUCAAAUUUCCUGGCUCAUCGUGGAGUCCACACUGGAGAGAAACCAUACCGAUGUGAUGUGUGUGGUAAACGCUUCAGACAGAGAUCAUAUCUUCGAGCACACCAGAGGGUCCAUACUGGAGAGAAGCCAUAUAAAUGUGAGGAAUGUGGUAAGGUCUUCAGUUGGAGCUCAUACCUUCAAGCCCAUCAGAGAGUUCACACUGGAGAAAAACCAUACAAAUGUGAGGAGUGUGGGAAGGGCUUCAGUUGGAGCUCAAGUCUUAUAAUUCAUCAGCGAGUCCACUCGGGAGAGAAACCUUUUAAGUGUGAGGAAUGUGGGAGGGCCUUCAUUCAUGCUCACCAUCUUCACAACCAUCAGAGGGUCCACACUGGGGAGAAACCGUUCAAAUGUGAUAUAUGUGGGAAGAACUUCCGUCGUAGAUCAGCACUUAACAGUCAUUGUGUGGUCCACACGGGGGAGAAACCGUACAAAUGUGAGGAAUGCGGGAAGUGCUUUGGUUGGAAUUCACAUCUUCACAUCCAUAAGAGCAUCCACAUGGGACAGAAACUAUACAAAUGUGAGGAGUGUGGGAAAAGCUUCUAUUCUAAGGCAGAUCUUUAUUACCAUCAGAGGAUCCAUACAGGAGAGAAACCCUAUGAUUGUAAGGAAUGUGGGAAGAGCUACAGGUGGGCUUCACAUCUAUUGGCCCAUCAGCGAGUCCACAGUGGAGAAAAACCGUUCAAAUGUGAAGAGUGUGGGAAGAGAUUUGGUCGGAAAUCAUACCUGCAAGCUCAUCAAAAGGUCCACACCACAGAAAAGCCAUACAAAUGUGAGACGUGUGGGAAAGGCUACAAGACAAGCUUGGAUCUUGAUGUGCACCAGAGCAUCCACACGGGAGAGAAACCGUAUACAUGUUGGGUGUGUGGAAAGCACUUAAGCAGGGCCUCACAUCUUAAACUUCAUCAGAGAGUCCAUACUGGAGAGAAACCAUAUAAGUGUGAUGUGUGUGGUAAGCUCUUUAGUCAGUUUGCACAUGUACAGUCUCACCAGAGAGUUCACACAAGGGAGAAACCUUACAAGUGUGAGAUAUGUGGUAAGCACUUCAGAUCAAGUGCAUAUUUUAAAAUUCAUUACAGAAGCCAUAUUGGUGAUAAAUUUCAUCCAUUCUCAGAGGGAGAAAAAAAAUUAUUUAAUUAGAGUGAAUGUUUCAGCCAUUGCUCAGCAUAUCCCAGUGACUCUAAAACCAUACAAGAGGUGCGAUGAGGGCAUGAAGGCAGGGAACCUGUUUGCUGCAAAACCUACACAACCUAAACAUUGAUUAGUACUUUGUAUAUGUACUCAAGGAGAAAAUAUAUAAUAUAUAAAACUUACCUGGAAAAAGAAACCUGCAAAAAUAAACAAUUCAGAGAAAGAAACAAGUUGAAAUGCAGAAAUACACUGGGUACGGUAUCU